AUGACUGAAAUCAAUAAUCCAAGAUUAUUUUUAAGGCGAUCAAAUACUUCCAGUAAUUUGAACGGUGUUCCAUCAACAACGAAAUUUGGUACUAUCUCUGAUGAACGUACUCCAAGGAAGUCCGGUUUCCAAUCUUUCCUUAACAAUGAUGGAAUUGAUCAGAUGAAGCCAGAGCCUAAGAAGGCCAGCUCAUCUAUUUCACUUUCUGAUCAGUGGGCUGGAUCUCUUCAGCAGAUGACAAAGCUUAAUGAACCUGUCGAUGAGGAAUCAAAUGCAGCUUUGGAGGGGUUAGUGAAGAAGUCGCAAACUGCAUUAUCCAGCUUGUCCUUAACGGAAAGCUCCGGUAAAAGGUAUAGGAAAAAGAUUAUUGAUCACCCUAGAGUGGCUUCUUAUGCUUUUGCCUUUGAUAUAGAUGGUGUUAUUAAGAAUGGACCACAAACAAUCCCUUAUGCUCGGGAAGCAAUGAGAAUGCUUAAUGGUGAUAACAAGUACCGGAUACUGGUUCCAUAUAUUUUUGUCACUAAUGGUGGAGGAAAUCCAGAGUCUGAAAGAGCCAAAGAUCUCUCAAAACGCUUAGACUGUGAAAUAAACGAGGAGCAAAUUAUUCAAGGUCAUACUCCAAUGAAAAGUCUUGCUUCAUUAUACAAGAAUGUUCUGGUUGUUGGCGGAGUUGGCGACACUUGUCGGAAAAUUGCCGAAGGUUAUGGAUUUGAAAAUGUGUACAUACCGUUGGAUGUCAUGUACUGGAACCCUGCAGUGUCUCCUUACUACACACUAAGUGAAGAGGAAAAGAAUAUUUGCAAGAAGGAUGUUAAUUUCUCGAAGACAAAGAUUGAUGCUAUUUUGGUAUUUGCUGACUCCAGGAAUUGGGCCGCUGAUGAGCAAAUCAUCUUGGAACUCCUUCUUUCCAAAGGCGGUUAUAUGGGCACUGUCUCAAAGAAUUAUAACCAGGGACCUGCACUUUAUUUUGCUCAUUCUGAUUUUAUCUGGUCCACUGACUACAAGCUUUCCAGAUAUGGCAUGGGAGCUUUGCAAGUUUCGAUUGCUGCACUUUACAAAGAAACUACUGGUAAGGAACUUAAAGUGACAAGAUUCGGCAAACCCCAACGUGGUACGUUUAAAUUUGCAAAGAAAGUCCUUUCUAAUUGGCGUAGAGAUGUGUUGGAGGAAUAUGUUGAAGUUCUAGCAGAGAUUCCAGACGGUGAAGAUGAGGAUGCAGUCACAAAGAGACUAGCAAAAUCAAUAAAUAUGGGUCCAAUGAAAAAGAAAGGCAGUUCUCGUCGUGGUUCAAAUACGAGUAUGAGCAGCACUGAGUCUGAUGAAUCUGGGGAUUCUGAUGAAGGUCUUACUUUCCGCGUUAUGAAUGCAAUCGGUAGGCAAAUACCUCAGCCUUCGACAGUUUAUUUUGUGGGUGACACACCUGAUUCGGAUAUCAGAUUUGCAAACUCACAUGAUGAGUCUUGGUAUUCCAUUCUUGUGAAGACUGGCGUUUAUCAGGAAGGCACUGUUCCUAAAUAUCAGCCAAAGAAGAUUGAAGAUAAUGUUUUGGAGGCUGUGAAGUUUGCUAUUCGUAGAGAGGCAAAAAAGGAAUUGGAUGAGUGGAAUGCGGAUGCAGUUGAUCCAGAAAAUUAG